AAAUUGGAGGUGGAUGGACUAAAUGGGGUACCUCGGCUGCUCCAGGUGCUGAAGCAAACCAGAGACUUGGAGACUAAAAAACAACUAACAGGUUUACUGUGGAAUUUGUCAUCUAAUGACAAACUCAAGAAUCUCAUGAUAACAGAAGCAUUGCUUACACUGACCGAGAAUAUCAUCAUCUCCUUUUCUGGAUGGCCUGAAGGAGACUACCCAAAAGCGAAUGGUUUGCUCGAUUUUGACAUAGUCUACAACGCCACUGGGUGUCUAAGAAACAUGAGUUCUGCUGGCCCUGAUGGGAGAAAAACAAUGAGAAGAUGUGACGGACUCAUUGACUCACUGGUCCAUUAUGUCAGAGGAACAAUUGCAGACUACCAGCCAGAUGACAAGGCCACGGAGAAUUGUGUGCGCAUUCUUCAUAACCUCUCCUACCAGCUGGAGGUAGAGCUCCCAGAGAAAUAUUCCCAGAAUAUCUGUAUUCAAAACCCGAAUAUCCAGACUGACAACAAAAGUAUUGGAUGUUUUGGCAGUCGAAGCAGGAAACUAAAAGAGCAAUACCAGGACAUGCCGAUGCCAGAGGAAAAGAGUGACCCCAAGGGCAUGGAGUGGCUGUGACACUCCAUCGUGAUAAGGAUGUAUCUGUCCUUGAUCACCAAGAGUGUCCGAAACUACACACAGGAAGCCUCCUUAGGCGCUCUCCAGAACCUCACGGCCAGAAGUGGACCAAUGCUGACAUCAGUGGCUCAGACAGUUGUCCAGAAGGAAAAUGGCCUGCAGCACACCCGAAAGAUGGUGCAUGUUGGUGACUCAAGUGUGAAAAAGACAGCCAACUCGCUGCUGAGGAAUCUGUCCCAGAAUCUUUCUCUGCAGAAUGAAAUUGCCAAAGAAACUCUCCCCAGUUUGGUCUCCAUCAUUCCUGAUACAGUCCCGAGUACUGACCUUCUCACUGAAACUACAGCCUCUGCCUGUUACAUGUUGAACAACGUAAUCCAAAACAGUUACCAGAAUGCACAGCACCUUCUGAACACCGGGGGCAUCCAGAAAAUUAAGACCAUCAGUGCAGGCGAUGCCUAUGCCUCCAACAAAGCAAGUAAAACUGCUUCCGUCCUCCUGUAUUCUCUGUGGGCACACACGGAACUCCAUCAUGCCUACAAGAAGGCUCAGUUUAAGAAGACAGAUUUUGUCAACAGCUGGACUGUCAAAGCCUACCACUCCCUUAAAGACUGA